AGGGAAAUAAUGGAAAUCUUAAAAGUCCCGAUCAAAUUCGGUAAGGCAAGCUCCAUUUCCGAAGGUUGCGCUUUGUAUAUUCUGGAAUUAAUAAGAGUGCGCACAGGGUGACGUUACUGCCAGUUCAAAGCAUGGGUCUGCUCCUGUGAGCAGUGAUCAUCUAUUGGUGCUUUUCAAGAUUUGGUGUCAAUUCAGUGACUAUGGGGAAUCAGUUGGCACCUUUGCCUCCUUUCCUGCCUCACUUGCAGACUCUGCAUGUGGUCGUGGUUGGAUUAGAUACAGCUGGCAAAACAUCUCUACUUUACCGUUUGAAGUUUCAGGAGUUUAUCAAGAGUGCACCUACCAAAGGCUUCAACAUGGAGAAGAUCCGGGUGCCACUGGGAGGCUCUCGCAUCAUCACUUUCCAAGUAUGGGAUGUGGGUGGCCAGGAAAAGCUGCGUCCUCUCUGGAAAUCCUACAUGCGCCGAACAGAUGGAGUUGUUUUUGUGGUGGACUCAGCAGAGAUUGAACGUUUGGAAGAGGCUCGAGUUGAGUUGCACAGAAUUGCCCACUCCUCAGACAACCAGGGAAUCCCCGUGCUUGUGCUGGCCAACAAACAGGAUGUGGCCCAUGCACUCUCUGUACCUGAGGUAGAGAAACACCUUGGCUUACAUGAACUAUACACUUCAACUUUGAGCCACAUCCAUGGUUGCAGUGCCAUCAAUGGACUAGGCCUCCAGCCAGCUCUGGAAAAACUGUAUGAAAUGAUUCUCAAACGCAAAAAACUCCUUCGCAAUAGUAAGAAGCGCUGAGAAAUGUUUCCACCUGGACAAAAGUUAGUGUUCAUUCCAAGUAUGAUUCAUGGCAACUAAUCGACCAACAAGUCUUCAGUUUCUUCCUUAGUGGUUUUAAUUAUUAGAUUAAUGGGUUGAAUAUCUACACAUUUACCAUGUCUACUAUCCAGACUGGAGAAGGAGAAACUUUUUUCAAAAUAGUGGGUUGUGUUCUAUGAGUUCAACAAUCCCUUCAUACUUAAGUUUACUUUUAGAAAAUAUGUUCUUGGGCUGUUUUCAAAGAGUCUUGUUUUUUACAGAAAACAAUACUUAAGUUAUUAAACAGAUUGUUUUGCAGACUUGGGCAAGGCAUUCUUGUCAUCUUCAAUAUAUUAAUCAGGCAACUGGAGUAUGGAGGAGCCUACCAGCUUCUUUGGGAAAAAAAACAAGCAUCAGAUGGUAUUUUCUGGAAAGACCAGCAGCAUUUCACAUUCAGCAAAGCCCUGCUGGACCUCAAGGCACUAUGGAUGUCAUCACCUACUGUUCUCAACAGUUGCAGAUUACAUGAACAAGAAUGAGAAAAAGGCAGCUGCAGCUGUUUUCUAUUUUCUUGAAUCCGUCACUUGUUCUAAUGAGGGCAUUCUUUACUUGUUUUUUUUUUUUUUAAAAAAAACCAGCCAACUCUCCAAUCUCCUUAAUUAAUUAAUUAAUCCUUCCCAGAUAGGUUAAAGCUUUGGCAUAGUUCAUUUUAGAAACAAAGUAUUGGCUACAGCUUUGCUUGAGAGAAUGAAUUGGCUUUGAAUGUUAUAUUUGGAAAGAAAAGUAAAGGGACAGAAGUGAGAGGAUAUGAGAGGCUGUAAAAUUACAGGUAUUUCUUUUCUGAUAAUACUUCCCACUUCUAAGCACAACUACCAGAGGUCUAGAUUUGGUGCUUGGCUUAUGCUUUGACAGCAGUUUGAAUUGAGGUAAAACUUCCAAAUGAACUUUUCAAGGACUAGGUUCCUCUUACACAGUAAAGAGUAAUUUAAAAAGCAAAGAUUUUUACAGGAAUAAAAUGCAACUGCAUGUGAUUAAUACAUUAUUUUCAGUGUGAUUUUAUGCUGUUGUGUUGUUGUUUUUUUAAAAAAAAUUCCUUUAUCUUUCAAUUUUUUUUUGUUUUGGUAGAUAAAAUUGAACGUAAGUAUAAUGCUUUUCUAAGCACAUGAUCACUCCAGCCAGACAACUAAAAGGGAGCAAGGUUUUUAGGUAAAAUUGUGCUCCCAAUAGUUCUAGCUUCCAUCAGUAGAUCAAGUAAAAUUUUACAUAAUCAGUUUUGAGACCAAAAGAAAUGUACCAUCUACUAGAGUUGUUUUGCUGAUGGAUGCAGUUAUAUUUGUGCUUAUUCUUUUAAAUUGAGCCUAUCUUGUACAUUUUUGCAGUCCGCCGUGGAAAUUUAAUCACUGGCUCCAGUUCUCUCCUUCUUGCUGGAUUGUAAUUUGGCUUCAGCUGAAAUUAUUGCCUAGUUUAUAGCAGGUUUUUCUAAGUUGAUAUUCUCCCAAAUAUGUUGGAUAACACCCUUGUAGGCUGGAAAUUAUACAUUUUUUAGCCUUAACAUAUCAAAAUGGCAUUAACUUGGAAAUGGCUAGUGAGGGGGAGAAAUCUUUCAGUAAAUAUCUUUUUCAAAUACCCCUGCUGGAAUGAAACCCACAAGGGCUUAUGAAUGUAUAUUUUAAAUUACUUAAUUCUCCUGGUCCAAAAUUAUGUAUACAUUUUCAUUUUCCAUUUGCUUCUAAAGGGUUCAUUUGUGAGCCUGAGAAUAGAACAGUGCAGGAAAAGACUUCUCUUUCCAAAGAAUUUCAAAAUGCUAGAAGUGACCUGUUGAGAUGAUGGACUUCCAAAAUGAGAUGCCCUUGAGUCCACAGUGGUAUGCUCCUAAAUUGAAAUUAAAAAAAACUUUAAGAAGGUUAUUGGUACAUUCACUAAAUUUAGUAAUUUGACCUUCAGUUCUCUAAGUAAACGUAAUAAGUAAACAUAAUGGUGAUUUAUACAAUGGUGAAGUGAGAGCUACUUGGUUUUCUCUUUUGAUAUGUGUAUUCCUUUUUCCUUACUGGAGGACUGCAAUGUAGCAUUAGUAAAACAGGUUCUAAAGUCUAAGAAAGCCCCAUCUCAAAUGAAGCCCUUUGUGUUAUGAUUCCUGACUUUUCCAAAUGAGCAUCCUGAAACCAUUUUGGGCUACAGCUUGCAUCUCUCAACCAUUGAACUGAUGCCGUGUACAAAGAUGGGAGUGAUAAUAUAGUACCUCACUUCUGGAGGGCAUGAUUCAAGAAACUGUGUUACACCUGUCUUUCUGAUACUGCACUAAUGGUUAAGUGGUUUUGGGUAAUUUAAGUAAUUUAAGGACAGCCCACAGCAAUUCUUCUGUUCACAGUUCUAACUUUUAAACAAAAGAAAUGUUUGUGCAGAUUUUGCCUAGAGAGCAUAUUCUAUGGAAAUGAGAGGUAAUUUAUGAAGAAUAAUGCUUCGGGGGGGGGAGAGACUGUAUCUAACAUUGGAUAGUAUACUUUUAAAAAGAAUUCUCAAAUUUUCAAAAUUGAAUCCCUGAAAGAUCUACUGUCAAAUAAUCAAGAGCUUGGUUCUGAACUUGGUAGCAUCUUCCCACAGCGUAAGUGCUUUCUUCUUGGGGCAAAUGUAGGAGAGAAAGUAUAUUUCAGAUGAUUGCCCAACUGUGUGUUGUUUUGCAAUGCUCAAAUGAGGGGGGUGGGAUGGGAAGCAGUAGCUGGGUCAUAAAAGAAUUGAGGGCAAUGAGUUUAACUCUGCCCCAGAACACUUAUAUAAGGGCUUUCCAAAUCCAGCCUGCUGUGGCACCACUCCCAGGAUUAGUCCUGUUGACUCAUGAUCAUCCUGUGUAGAUGUUCAUUCUCUGGCAUGCAAUCAGUUCAAUGCCAAAGUGCUGCUUUUACAUGCUUUGUAGGGAGACAGACACAUCUUGGAAAACAGCUUUGAAAUAUAAGAUUGACCAUAUAAGGAAACAAAUAAGAGGGUUAUAUUUAUUAGUUAAUCUCAUCGACUUCAGAUUUCUUAAAUCAUAGCUACUAGCAGUUCUGUGAGUGUGUAGAAGUGGAUUAUUUUAUUUAUUUUUAAAUAGAUGUGGGAGGCAAAUAGUUAUCUGGCUGCUACUUUGCAAUUGGUAACAUUCUGCCUGGGCUCUAGCAAGCUCUGCUCUAUACUUAAGAGACUUUUCAAUCCUAACAUGGGCUUUGGCAUAAAAAACAAAACAAAACUGGUCUGUAUAUUGAAUCCUAGUGAAAGGAAGCCUCAGGUAACUUCCAUAGGGCAGAAAGAAAUGCUGACUUCAGCUGUAUGGAGGGAAAAUUAAAGAAUUUUCUUCUUAAUUAAUUUCUUAGGUCAGAUCUUCACCGUCCACCCACAUGGUGGACGGUGUCCUGCAGUAAUGGGAAGGGAGCUGCAGGGUUGUCCUGCAGUAAUGGGAAGGGAGCUGCAGGGUUGCCUGCUCCAUGAAUGAAACUAUUCUUCAGAAUAGAAGUUGAAGUAAUUUCUAACUAAAAGGGGAAUUCUGUAUGUAGAAUGUACUAAGAAGAACUGACGAUGGAGGCAUCAGUGAAUCCUCCCCCUUCUUUAUAAAAAACUUCAUGCCAGACUUUAUGCCAUCACUAAUUACAGGAAAGUAUCAUGUCAUGGAGAAAUCUAGGACAGAAUACUUCCCUCCAUCGGCUAGUUUUCUUUUUGAAGGGAGAAACAUUCAAUCAUAUUGGAAACAAUGCAGUCCAGAUGGACAUUUUCAUAUUUGUGAAACAUGAACAUAUUAAUAAAACCACAAGUGUAAGUUGUGAUGAAAUGUCAUGAUGAUUAAACCUAGCAAAUUCUCAAAUGCUGGAAAAUCCACUAUCUCCAAUAAAAUUCUAAAA